UCCCCUGAGCGGGAAGUGUGCCGGGCGGGGAGGGUGCUCUUCCCCUUUGUGUGAGGCUGUUGGUGUGGAAACGGCCCCAGAGAGGCCCAGCGGCACAUCCCCUUCUCCCGCGGGCUGCAGGCUCCGUCCCUCAGCACCGACUCCAGGACGUCCCGGGACAGGGCUGGGCCAUGGCGCCCGGGCCCUCCACCCUCCUGGGCCUGGCGCUCUGUCUGGCCCAGAUGGCCUGCACCCAGCAGGGGACCCUGCCCAGACCCUCCAUCUCAGCUGAGCCGGGCUCCGUGGUGCCCUGGGGGCGGCCGGUGAGCAUCGUGUGCCGGGGCCCUGCCGGGGUUAGGAGCUUCCGCCUGGAGAAGGACAAUAGAUACAACUACAUGGAUGUGGCUGUCACGUCUGGAGGUGAACAGAAGACGGAGGCCAGACUCCACAUCACUGCCCUGCAUAAAGACAACGUCGGGCGUUAUUGCUGCAUCUAUGAAACAGAGUCCGGCUGGUCUGAGCGCAGCGAGACCCUGAGCCUGGAGGGGACCGAGGAGGCCGUCUCUGCCCUGCCCACAGGACCCCCUGGAGGCGGCAGCUCCUCCACCGCUCAGUGCUGCUCCUCCGCUGCUCCCACAGGCCUGUCGACGGAGCAGGUUUAUAUUCUCAUCGGGGUCUCUGUGGCCUUUCUCCUUUGUCUCUUCCUCCUGGUCCUUCUCCUCCUCCAUCGUCAGCACCGGAGAAAACGAGGGUGGCCCAGAAGCAAAGACGAGGAGCAGAGACACCAGGGGAGGCUCAGCCCAGCUGUGGAUGUCCUAGAUGGGACCCCAGAUGUGGCCAGUGUUGACAGAUUUCCUGACAUGGAUGGACAGGUGGGCGCCUCGACCCCUGCUGCAGGAGGCCCCCAAGAGGUGACCUACGCCCAGCUGAACCACAAGCCCCUCACCCAGAGGGCAGCCAGAGCUGUGUCCCCGCCAUCCACAGAGCCCCUGGCCGAGUCCAGCACGUAUGCAACCAUUGCCAGACAUUGACCCCGUGCCCACCUGGCCUCUGCCCUAAAUAUGCAGGAAGUCACACUUGCAAAAGCCUGAAGUGGACAUUGGGAUGGUUUCCCUGUGGAAUGAUUCCUUUCUGGAAAGACAUCCAGUCAAUCCUCCUGCAGGCAAGAGCUGGAGUCCUGAGACCCCACAUUACCUCCUAGGAGAUUUAUUAACCAUGUGGCCCCUCCCACAAGCAACUAGCUCCUUGGAGAGAAGAUGUAGCACUUAUUUCAAGAGACCCAGCUAUGGUGUUUGUUGGCUGUUUCCAGAGACCCAGCUAUAGUUCUUGGCUGUUUCCAGAGACCCAGGUAUGGUGCUUGGCUGUUUCCAGAGACCCAGGUAUGGUGCUUGGCUGUUUCCAGAGACCCAGCUAUGUCCCUACAGUUGCCCAGUGGACUUCAGACAUGUCCUGUGAAUCUUCCACUGGCCCUGGAGAUCGGUUUUGUGUUCUCAGCUGACUCUACAAACCUUCCUAGAGUUCGGGUCGGGAUCCUGAAUCUGGGCUGCACUCACGCGGCUGGUAGCUGAUGCCCAGGUUUCUGGCUCACACUUCACCUUGUUCAUCAGUCAAUGUUCUCACAGGUCCAAGUGCGUCAGCCCUUCAUGCAGCGCUGGGUACACAGGUUCUAGGUCCUAGUCUCUGCCUUCACAGUCCCCCAAAACUCAGUGAGGGAAACAAGACAAAAACAAGACAAUCAGUGUUUUCUGACCCAAGAGUGUGUCUGAGGGGACUUGUGUCUGGGUGAAGGCACAGAGCUGCCCUACCGGUAUACAGCUCCCAUCCCUUCACAAGCACACAGCCAUGCAUACACAAAUGCACUCCUCUGUACCCAAACACACUUGCACAGUAUAAAGGGUGUACAUGCAUACAUACCCCCUGAAUGCACGUAUACACACACAGACAUAUAUGCACACACUGUACACACGCAUACACUCAUGCAGACACCCACACGUGUGGACACGAUGGGCUGGCCGAGGGAGCUGGUGAGGCCGUGACUGCACAGGGAGGGCCCCUCAGGCUUUAGGUCCACCCCGAGGAACAGGCAGGCCACCUUCUCCCACCCCCCGCCCCCCGCCAGUUCAUCCCCACUGGACGCCAUGCAUUCCCCAAACACGAGAGGGCCCAGCAGCUGUAGGACACUGUCCUUGACCUGACCUUCACCCCUCACCAGGCUAAUGCCCAUCAGAUUUGGGACUGGAGGCCAUUCAUCCCAACAAGCAUAUAAGUGUUGCUGUAACAAAUUACCACUCACAUAGCAACACCAAACAAUGCAGCGUAUUACCCUACAGUUCAGGACGUCAGAAGUCUGGGAUCAGUUACAAGAGGCUGAAAUCUGGGGUGGGCAGGGCUGUGUUCCUUCUGGAGUCUCCAGGGGAGGCUCCAUUCCGUUACCUUUUGCAGCAUCUGGGGGCCGUCUGCACUCCUUGGCUCAUGGCCCCUUCCUCCAUCUUCGGCUCCUCCCUCUGACUAGGACUCCUGCUUCUGUGGUCACGUCUCACCUCCUCACUCUCUGACCCUCCUGCUUCUCUCUUGUAAGAACCCUGGUGAUUACAUUGGGUCCACCUAGAAUAUCCAAGGUCAUCUCCCCUGCAAUAACCUUAAGACUGAGCCUUAACUCGGUCACACCUGUAACGACCCCUUUUGCACCUAAGGUAACACAGAAGCUAAGGUAACACAGCAGCUGGUUCCUGUCUACCGGAGUGGGUGUCCAUCCGCAGCACCACCUCCGUUCGUGGGCUCCUCUGGGCUUGAAUGCCUCACUCUGAAUUCUACGCAUCUCCUUGCAGGGAUGUUUCCUUCUGUUUCCACUAGCUUGUGAAAGAAGGAAUUCCUGAGAGUCUAUUUCCUGUGUCCCUAGAAGCUCCAUGUAAGAGGAGGUCGGGUAGGAAGCAGGGGAGACUAGAAGCACGCCCACCAUGUGACCCGCAGGUGCCCAUAGGGCCAGGUGGGCCCGUGUGGCAGGACUGUGGCUGCCCAGCACCGUGUCCUCCCUUCCUGGGCUCCCAGCGAGACGAUCUCCCAGCCUCCUUGCGGUUAUGUGUGUCCUGGGAUGGCGUUCACAGUGAGCCUGUGCACGGAGCUGCUUCCAGGCCUGGCCCCGAGCCCUCCCUCCCGAGAUGCUCACUGUUGGUCCUUCUGCUGGUGGACGCGGAUGCCCUGGGCGGCCUUGGCGGCACACACCGAGUGUGGUGCCUGGCUGCCUGGACGCCGUGGAGUACAGCUCCCCGUACCUCUUGUAUUAGGCCUGUUCCGGGUUCCUGUAAAGUUGCUGCUUUAACAGGUGUGAUACAGGCAUAUUCUGGUGUGAACAUUAAUAAAGGGAAACCUUUAAAACGGA